AUGGUGAAGCUGGGCAGCAAUCUGUCGGAGAAGCUGGAGAAGCAGCAGUCUGCGGACGAUGGCUUUGACAACAUCCCCCUCAUCACUCCUCUGGAGGUCAAGCAGCUCCAGCAGCCUUUCGCAGACAAGAUCAUUGUGAAGACAUCCACACAGUACCAGCUGCAGCAGAAGAAGAAGAACAAGCUGUACGUGCCGAACAUCAACAAACUGAAUAUCAACUUCUACAGUGAUGUUUCAGAGAAAGCCAAGAUCACAGGUCUGAUCCUCAUCACUUUGGCCUUCUUGACCAGCCUUCUCCUCCUGUUCAUGUACAAAGCCAUGUGGUACGACCAACUUACCUGCCCGGAGGGUUUUAUCCUUAGGCAGAAGCACUGCACCCCGGCAGCUCUGGAGAUGUACUACACAGAACACCAGCAGCAGCAGCAGCAGCAGCAGCAGCAGCAACAGAAUGAGCCAGGCGUCUACGGCGGCACCGACACCGGGCUGUACACCGCUCUCAGCCGCCUCAACCAGGUCAAGAGGACUGGACCUGAGCUGCCAUCGCCAUGGUUACCAGUCAUCGGCGCUCUGGAGGAGGCUGAGGUGGCCAAACAGGGCAGAGAGCCGCCGAAGGGAGCGCUGGAGAGAGAGGAGUGA